ACAAAGAAAGUUGCUCUCACUUUCACUUCCUCGUCAGGUUGUUUGACGGUUAUCGGCCUAUAGCCUACUACUUCCUCCUUCUAGCUGGUAGUUUGUGUGUGUGAGACAGUCAUGAAGGACGGUAGCAGAACAGAAGAACAGGCGAAGGUUUCCCGCCAGGAGCUCUAUGAGGAUUAUGUGAACUGUCUCCAGCUGUGUCCAGAGGUUCGGCCGUGCCGCGACGCCUGCCUGCUGAAGAAGGCGGCUCAGUAUCUUCUGACGGAACCAGAACCCAGAGGGUCUUUCACCGUGUUCCCUUUCUACCAGGCUGUACGGCAUGAUUGUAAAUCUCUGACCACAGACUGCAGGGAACAUCUGUCUGCUUUUAUCAAAGCCACCGAACUGCUGGAAACUCUCUGUGUCAAUCUAUUCCUUCAACCUUGGAAGAAGGAAAUCAAGACACUUAAGACUUUUACAGGUCCAUUUGUUUACCGUCUCCUGCCAGUUCUCAGCAGUUCUACCAUUCAAUCGGUCCUGGCCUGUAUUGGCUACCUGCCCCAUCCGGACACACCACAAAGUGAAUACAGACUCAGUGAGGAUGCUAACCCAGACAGAGCCAUGCUGCUGGGCUUUGAGCUGCUGCUCGCCAGGGUGGAAUGUUACCAUCUCCUAGAGCUCGUGGAGCAGGUGGAACCACAGGAGUGGCUGGAGGUCCUCCAGAGGAGAGUGGGGCCUACAAAACUGGAGGAACCCACAGACAAGAAGACAACAAUAGGCCAAAAGGAAGAGGAGGAGAAGAAGAAGGAUGAUAGAAAAGAGAUACGUCAGGAUUUGGACACCAGACUUGCAGUGAAACCACAGCCCAAGCCACGACACUGCCAUCUCAUCAGCGUAGACCAGUCUAUUAUGGAGAUGCAGAUGACCUACCCUGACCUGGUCUUCAGGGGUCGCCCUGUGCAACUGGAUGAACCUCAACGAGCAAACAGCUGCAAGAGCAGCAGUAAAGAUGCUCAUACUACCAGCACUAAUAAUUACAGUGAUGACAGUAAAGCUACUGAGCUCCCCGAAAGAGAUUGUAUUAAAGUCCCCAAAGCUGCUGCUAAAACUAUCUUCUGUAAAAAUGAUAGCAGCAAAGCUGAUGAAGUGUUUGGUGACGAUGGAAAAGGCAGUAGUUGUAAUGACAGGAACAGUGGUGUGACCACCAGCCUAGGAGACACCAUUAGCAGCAGCAGCAUCAGUAAAACUGAUGGAAGCAGAGUUGAUUGUGAGCUCAGUGGUCCACAGGAAAUUUCCCUGCAUAUCCCACUGAGAGCUGGAUCCAAAGCAGAGCAGAGCCUUAAGCCUGAGGAGCCUCAGCCCACAGCAGAACCUCCUGCCUGGACACAGCAGCAGACUGUAGCAGAUCUACAAAAUAAGAGACCAGACAGCUCAAAGCUUCCCUCUCUGAGCUCUAUGGAUGAGGAGCAGGAUCUGAGAAAGCUGGCAGAGAGGAUGGGUCAGUCCCAUGUGCAGGAGACCAAAGAGGAGGUGAAGAGCAAAGAAGAAAACAAGAGAGAAGAGCAAAACACAAAUAGAGAGAGGAGGAAAAAAGAGAGAAAGGCAAGCACAGAGGGAGAGGCAGAGGAGCAGAACCUCAUUAAGCCUGUCAUGGAGACAGGUCCAGCACUGAGCCAUGCUCACUCUGAGAAGCAGCCCACUGUGUGUCACCACUCACCGCUGACCGUCAGCAAAGCAGAUUGCCAGAGUAAAGGAGGAGGCAGCCCAGGGCAGCGGGAAGGAGAAGAUACUGUGGGAGCAGAAACAGGCAGAGGAGAGGAGGAGCAGCUGGCACAGAGCUAUGUCAUAGUCGAGAAUAACAAAAAAUAACAUGCUCUCCAGUAUACAUGUAUGGAAAUUAUUAAUAAUAAAGCUACUGAGCAAGCCCGAAACCAAUACAACAUGUAAUCAGUCUGUUAGCCCAAAUUGAACAGUACCCAAGUACAAAUUUCAGGGCAGUGUCACCUCUCGUCCAGUGUCAAGUUUCUGUGUUUAAUUGGUUUCAUGUUUUCUAUUGGUUUUAUUUUGUAGUUUCACUGUUCAAGAGAACAGUGAAACACAUAAGAAUGUGUUGUCUUGUUUUACUUCCUGUGAUUGUUUGCUCCGCCGUGAUGUCUUUCACCUGUUCCCUCUCCCUUGUUUGCUCGUUAACUCGUAUUUAGUAUCUGUGUUUCCUUUGUCUGUUGUCAGGUCAUUGUAUUGCUUUCUGUGAGAGUUUGUGUAGUCGUCCCUGUUGGUCUUGGUAUUCCUGGUAUUUUUGUGAUUCCUGUCUUUGGGAUUCUGCCUGUCCCUGUUUUUGGGAUUCUGCCUGUUCCUGUUUUUGUAUUUUGCCUGCUAUCUUCAGGACUCUUUUUUUAUGGAUUAUUGUUUAUUAAAUCCUCAAGCUCAA